UGGGAGGUCGAUUGAUUAUGUCUUGUGUCGUGGACAGGUGACUUCAUCCGACGUCAACACUCAGGGCUCGAUUACUCUCUGUCGCAAGUUUGUUUUAAAAUGGCGGCGGAAACAGGCAGACAGGUACAAGAUGCCAACUCAAGCGACUAAACUUCUUCAUUUCCCUUGCUCACCGAACCGCGGUCGUAAUACCCAUUCGAGAGCGUCCGCCCUCGCUUCGGUUCCAGUGAGGAAACGCAGAAAGACAAGUGGGCUCAGGGUGCGAGCGAGUCUCGUUCCGAGUGCUUUUUUUUCUUUUCUUUUUUUCCCCUCUCACGUCGCUAGAUGACCUCGGGGCGGUCAUGUUUUUUUUCCACGCCGAGCUGCAUUGAAGAGAAGCCGGGGAGGUGAUAGUGGUUGCCGCAUCACCAUGGAGCGCUCCGACUCGCAGACGGCGGCCGGCCACCUGUAGCUCCGAGCGGCCCCCAUGGCGAACCUGACCCCCUGUGACCGGGGCCGGACGGAGAGCCGCGGUGGUGUGUUUCGAGGAGCUAUUGUGGAGAACGGUUGUGAAGUAAAAGGCUCCUCUCUCUCCAGUCAUCACAACCUCUCCAAGCAGCAUGUCUCAGAUCCGGGCCUGGUCCUCCAAGGUCAAUCCACACCAUGUGCCCCCCCAACCUCCAUUCUGCACGGCAACUUACAGAAGCUCAGUCUCGACCUGGACAGUCACAGUCUGACUUCCCAGGACUCUGGUAUCCCAACUUUGGAGCUCAACCCUCCAGAUGUCACCGGGGGAGACUCUCCCGCUACUUUGACAUUAGAUGACGACUCCUCCGACAGCAACGGCGUGCCCAAGUCUUCCAGCUUCCCGCGCAGCGGCUUCGACGCCACCCGGUUCUUCAGCCCAGGCCUCAGAUUGCCCGGAGCUGCCGCAGGCCAUCGAACCUUGAACCGCAGCGACGACGUCUCGGUGUGCAGCGUGUCCAGCAUGAGCACGGAGCUCUCGGUGUCCAACGAAGACAUCUUACAUUUCACUGUCACCUCCGACUCGAGCGCCAUCGUCACCCUGGAGACGGAUGACAGCUGCACUGCUCCCUUCUCCGACGUUGCGCUUGCUUCGUUGCCGGGAUGCUCCAAGGACUUCAGGGGUCCGGUGCAAACAAGCCCACCUGGAGUCAUGAGACAGGAAGAGGAUGGCAGGCAAAAGAAACUGGGAUCUCUCGCCAGCUUGUUCAACGGGAGCCUCUUUGCCAGGAAAGUGAAGGACAGUCGCUCGGUGGAGCACCGGGAUGCUGGAUGGAAGCUGUUUGGGAAGGUGCCCCCACGCGAGGGGCCCGUGAAGGACCCGAGAAGAAUACAGAAGGAAUAUGAAACAAAGACUGGCAGAGCUGGACACAGCAAUCUGACGUCCCCCAGGCAGAAUGUGAGGAAAAACCUGGACUUUGAGCCUCUCUCCACCACCGCUCUCAUACUGGAGGACAGACCUGCUAAUCUUCCGGCCAAGCCGGCCGAGGAAGCCGAGAAACACAGGCAGCAAUAUGAAGAGAUGGUGGCGCAGGCCAAGAAGAGAGAGCUGAAGGAAGCCCAGAAGAGAAAGAAGCAGUUGGAGGAGCGCUGCAAGCUGGAGGAGAGCAUCGGCUCGGCCGCGCAGACGUGGAACCAGGAGAUCCUGCCCAACUGGAGCGCCAUGUGCACGUCGCGACGUGUGAGGGACCUGUGGUGGCAGGGCAUCCCGCCCAGCGUCAGAGGCAAAGUGUGGAGCCUGGCUGUGGGCAACGAACUCAACAUCACUCAUGAGCUUUAUAACAUCUGCUUGGCGCGGGCCAAAGAAAAAUGCAGGAGCACAGCAGCCAAUGCACCGGAGGCUGAAAGCCAAGAUUCGGGCUCGUCGAAUCGGGAGUCGAGCUUGGAGCUGAUCAAACUGGACAUCUCGAGAACGUUCCCGCAGUUGUGCAUAUUCCAGCAGGGUGGACCCUAUCAUGACGUGCUGCACAGCAUUCUAGGGGCUUACACUUGCUACCGGCCGGAUGUCGGCUAUGUGCAGGGAAUGUCGUUCAUCGCGGCGGUGCUCAUCCUGAACCUGGACACGGCCGAUGCCUUCAUCGCGUUCGCCAACCUGCUCAACAAACCUUGUCAGAUGGCCUUCUUCCGAGUGGACCACAGCCUUAUGUUGACGUACUUUGCUGCAUUCGAGGUGUUCUUUGAAGAAAACCUACCAAAGCUCUUUGCACAUUUCAAGAAGAACAACCUGACCCCCGAUAUUUAUUUGAUCGACUGGAUCUUCACCUUGUACAGUAAGUCUCUGCCACUGGACCUGGCGUCUCGCGUGUGGGACGUCUUCUGCCGAGACGGCGACGAGUUCCUGUUCCGCACGGCGCUGGGCCUGCUGCGCCUCUUCCAGGACGUGCUGACCGGCAUGGACUUCAUCCAUAUGGCCCAGUUCCUCACCCGCCUGCCCGACCUGGUCCCCGCCGAGCAGCUCUUCCAGCACAUCGCCGCCGUCCACAUGACUAGCCGAAACAGGAAGUGGGCGCAGGUUCUGCAGACGUUACAGAGGGAUCCGGAGCGAGGCAGUCCGGUGCUGAAGCGCUGACCUGCAGUGGACAAGCAUCAGGAAGACUGAACUUGUGUCUUUUCAUGGAGCGACGUCCACGAUGACGUCAACGGGGGAUCCGUGAGUACCCGAGCAGGGGUGCCUUAUACUUCACGAACUUCCCAGCAGAGGAGCCACAACACGACACACUCCCGGACCCCCGUGGGACCACCCAGAUGCCAGUUAUCACGUCCACUUUGUCACUCAAUCCUCUUUAACGUUUUUUUAAUGGUGACUCCCCCAACGAAAUCUGGAGCCAAUUUGUUGUGUUGUAAUGUUACAUGUCGAGAUCCUCUGGAAACGAGGUCAGAAGCUGCCUUUCAAUAUUUGUGGGACAUAUUGUAACUAAGGACUUCACAUCAUUCGACAUUUCACCUUGUUAGUCUUUUAAUUGUGUGAAAGGGGGUGGGGGGGGCUUAAAGGAAAGGGGCUGUCUGCCGCAGGUGCUUUUCUUUGGAUUUUGAAAAUCAAAAUCCUCACAGUCCUUUCGGGGCUUAUUUCUUCAUCUCGACUGCUAAUUUCAGGAUUUUGCACUAUUCAUUGAAGCGGUUUCUCGGGCAUUGUUGUCCAUUUUGCACACUUCUGUUAUCUAGUGCAAAAUCGGCGGUGUGAAUUUGGGGUUUCGGUUUUUCGUCCGGGGGCACUUGAUCGUCGUCCAUUGCUCAAUUUGACUACAUGUUGUGUGUUAACAGGAAACGU